CCCGAUCAACAGAACAAGGCCAUAACAUACACGAAGUCUUUUUAAGAAUUCAAGUGAGCUACCUUCUUCUCUUGGCCUCUGGAUAGAGCUCACCUGAAACGUUCGUCUCCCGAUGCAUGAGCGUUUUGCAGGUAUAAGGAUGAAUAUGACGCACUAUUAUUCCAUACUUGCUGCCUUCACAGUAUCCGCAGUACUGCUAUAUAUUGCAACCAGGACCACACCGCAGCAGCCAAUGGUUCUGGAUCUACAAGUCAGGAGUGGACUCAAGUCCAAUGCUCAGGUUGUGACAACGAAGAAGCCGUCCGUCGGGUCACCAGUGGUGACGGAUGACGCUGAGGCCGCCCAUCCCAUCCCCAUGGACGACAAGCUCCAGGUCAUGACCAACAAACAACUGGCAACUCUUUAUAACGAUUUUCUGACCAACAUCCAAGUGUUGUGCCGAGACAAGAUUAGGAUGGGCAACAUUCAAGCCGGCGGCUGGGACGUCUGUCUGGAUGGACAUUAUAAGCCAAAGAAAGACAACUGCAUCGUCUACUCAUUCGGCAUUGACAACGACUUCAGCUUUGACGACGACGUCGCUAGCACCUUCGGUUGUGAAGUGCACGCUUUUGAUCCAAGCAUGAAGCAACAAGACCAUCUGAGAGGCAGGCGUGUCCACUUCCACAACCUUGGUUUGUCGGACCGUGAUGGUAAAGGGAAGAUGCAGUGGCCAAUGAAGACGAUGGUCUCCAUCAGACUAGAUCUCAAACAUGCUGAUGGAGUAAUCGACUACAUGAAGAUUGACAUCGAAGACUCUGAAUGGGAAUCUCUGAGACACGCGUUCAACUCCAACGGCCUCGAAGGAGUCAAGCAGUUGUCGUUGGAGUUCCACGUAUUUGGUAAAGAGGAAAGGUCCAGGUACAUUGCCCGGCUGAACGUCCUCCGUGACUUGUACAACCUCGGCUACAGGAUAUUCUGGACACACAACAACGUGGUCUAUCCCGCCUGCAGGUUCACAUCUGUUUACGACGGCAGAGAGAGAACCAGAUGUCAUGAAGUCUAUUUCCUUAAAUGGGUGGUUUAGAUAUCGCCGAGAUUCAUAUUUUAAAGUCGUACCCGGGUGCCUCAGUCGUCUAAGGCGUAGCAAUUCGUUGUGAAAAGUUGAUCCCAUUAGGCAUUAUGGGUUCGAAUCCCGUUUCGCCUUGAUUAUGUUUUUAGCUUUGUCGGCACUAUACCAGUGCUUGUGGGUUCCACCAAAGUGGUUCGCGUCGAGGACAUGCAUCACUUUGGGCAGGUCACUGUAACAGUGGAUGUUCGUGGCUGGUAAAAUAAGCGUCUUAGUUUGACGGUAGUAUCCAGCCACUCUAACGUUGUCAUAUCAUUAUUGUAUAUAUUUCACAUAUCAUUUCAAUAAACAUU